AUGCCAUUUUACGGCGUUUCUUUUAACCCAUUCAGGCAAAGGAAUGUAAUAAAUGUCUUUGCCGUUGCUGGCGGGCGAAUGGUAAUUGUAGCUACAUUUGAAGAGGUUGAAGAAAUUGACCCAGCUCUAGAUAAACCAAAGAGGGGUCGCCUCAGGGUGCUACAGACAUAUACGGAUGAGAAUGUGUCUGAAAAUUUCUACUGUGUUGCCUGGUCGUACGAUCCUUUAACGGGGGCACCGUGGGUUGCCGUUGCUGGGGCGAGUGGAUUAAUCAAGAUUAUUGACACCAGUCAAAAGAAAGUCGUUAGAGUGCUUGCCGGUCAUGGUGAUGAAGUCAAUGAAAUGAGAUUCCAUCACCUUCGACCGGAAUUACUGUUCUCUACCAGUAAAGACUUUUCGAUUCGACUAUGGAAUGCAAGUACUGGCGACUUGUUGGUUGUCUUCGGCGGAGAUGGAGGGCACCGCGAGAGCGUACUAGGAAUUGACUUACAUCUGAGCGGAAAUUACUUAGCUUCUUGUGGAAUGGAUCACGCGGUGAAGAUAUGGACUCUUUGUAGUCCAAUGUUAAAACGUGUUAUUGACACAGCUGCACCUCUAUCCGGAACCCAAAACUCUAAAAGAACUAGUUCAACAUUAACAGCGACGUCGACAUCUUCAACAUCAUACGCAACACAAGAACACUCUUGUCAAUGUACAGUUCCAGUCACGACUACCCAAAAUCAUACAUGCCGGCAGCCAGUAUAUGUUCAUUAUCCCAUUUUCUCUAGCACGGAACUUCAUAAUAAUUAUGUUGAUAAUAUUAGAUGGUAUGGCGAUUUAUUGUUUUCGAGAUCCACUGAACCGAAUAUAAUACUAUGGAAGCCAGAGGCCGGAUUACCAACAGAAGAGGACUAUAAGAACAAGGAUGCUGAUGAUCCUUUCCAGUCGAAAUACGCCUUAGUUGGGGGAAGGGCACAUCCUAAUGCGCAAACAUCGGACUUUAACAUCAUCUGCGAAUUCAGUUUCGAAGAAUGCGACAUAUGGUUCGUCCGCUUUGGGCUCUCACGUGAUAACAGAUUCCUCGCGACCGGCAGUCAAUAUGGUAAAUUGUUUUUAUGGGACUUAGAUUACAUUCCGCAUUUUAUAGACAAGUAUAUAUCGACAAAGAAGGCUUGUUCUGUGAACAAAAAAGAAAGCAAAGCGAAGAAGAAACAGAAUCUCUAUCUGUCACAAAAACCAGCAAGUGUAACGCGAAAAAAAAAUACUAGCACCAAAUCCAUACCUCAAAGCACAGGUAACAGAUCUGGUACUAAACAAAAUGCAAAUAAGCAAGCGGGAAAGAGGCGAAAGUGUGUAUUGCGAUUAUUGGAAGGUCCAAAAUGCACAGCCACUGUCCGACAGGUUACUUUUUCGCCCGACGGCGAAUGGUUAAUCGCGGCCUGUGACGACGGCACCAUUUGGUGUUGGUUAUCUGAAGAGGACGAAGAAACUGAUUGGGACGACAGUGACAUGGAUGUAGACACGGUUGACUAG